CGGAACGGAAGCAACACGGCGUCCGUUCGUGGCGAUUGCAAGUUACGGGCCCUACUUUCGGGCGGAACCUCUACGAUCGCAGAGAGGUUGUUGCGUUCUAUGAUCGGGUGCGUCCCCGCGUUCGUCCUUGUCCGUCGGUUUGCUUUGGUUUUCACCCUACCCGGUGCACUGGCGCUUCUGUUCUGCCCCUGUGUGGUGUAGGCUUCGUGCGUGAAUCAGCCGAUGCGGUCCGUGAUCUGGGGUCAGCGCAGAGUGGAGUGCGGUCUGACGGUCACGACGUGCCGCACGAAUUCGUGAAGGUUCGAAGUGGCCCCCUUCGAAGGCGAACUGACCUAGCUUUUUUGUGCACUCGUUUAACUGACGUAAGUGCUGUGUGGUGCUGGCCAUGUGUGUCUCGCCCUAGGGCAAAGGUUUGAAAGUGUCGCCGGAGAGUGUGCGGACCGAAACGAGUGUUCAGUGCUGUCAUUCCGGGCUCGUUAUCAAGUGUUCGACAAAGUUGCCUGCAGCGAUUGACGCCGUCCUUGCAUCAUGCUGAUACCGUGGAACCUGGCGCUCUGGGGCCUCGCCCUGAUCGGUGCGUGGGCACUCGUCUGGUUUUUGUACGAUAAUCUAAAGUCGCUCGCCCAAAUCUGUAUCGCGCUGCUUGCGCCGUACUUUGCGCCGAACGAACACAAAUCACUCGCCGAGCGCUUUGGCAAAUGGGCCGUCAUUACCGGUUCGACGGAUGGAAUCGGCAAGCAUUACGCUUUCCAACUGGCCAGCCGUGGCCUCAACGUGGUGCUGGUCUCACGCUCCGCCGAGAAGCUAGCCGCGGUGGCGCACGAAAUCGAGUCCAAGUACUCGGUGAAGACCAAGUGGAUUGCGAUCGACUUUAGCAGCGGACGCCACAUCUACGACCAGCUGCGGAAAGAACUCGAAUCGGUGCCCGUUGGCAUUCUAGUGAACAAUGUCGGUGCAAACAUUGACUACCCGGAUGAUCUCGACAACGUUCCGGAGGAUAAGCUGUGGCAGCUGAUAAACAUCAAUGUCGGCGCGGUUACAAUGCUUACCCGAAUCCUGCUGCCCAGUAUGAAGAAGCGUGGCCAGGGCGCAAUCGUAAACAUUUCCUCCGGCACCGAGCUGCAACCGCUGCCGUACAUGGCGGUCUAUGCAGCUACUAAGGCCUACAUCCGCUACUUCACCCUGGCGCUGCAGCAUGAGUUGGAGCCUUUCGGAAUUACCUGCCAGCUGGUGAGCCCGAUGUUUGUAUCAACCAAGAUGAACAACUUCUCUUCAACCAUCAUGGAGGGUGGACUGUUCAUUCCCAACGCUGAAAUGUACGCCAAGUUUGCCACCUUUACCCUCGGUAAAACGAAACAAACCACCGGCUACUGGUCGCACGGCCUCCAAGUGGGCAUCAUGAAGCUGGCCCCCGAAUUUAUCCGGAUCGCAAUCGGCGGAGCGAUGGACAAACAGUUCCGGAAGGAAUAUUUCGAACUGCAGAAGUCCGCCACGCCGGCACAGUCCGGGUAAAUGGCGGGGCAGCUUCACAGGAUUCUUGCUUGGAGCUGCUUCAUUUGUAAUGUGUGCAUUUGUAAUUGUUGGGUCGUUGCUAACCAGCAACGCUGUUGUUAUUUGCGUUGAAUGCGCCCAAUAGGCCUUAGCAAGUAUUAAACUUUAUGCAUAGACUGAGGUGUUUAGGAACAGUUCAGGUGCUGUGGGCACCAUUUCGAGGCGAAAACCUAAAACGCAUUUCAUGUUUAAAGUUCAAACGGAUGAAAAAAGAAACAUUGUUGCUACCAACUGUAACAACUGUUGUAAUAAACUUUAAGGAACGAGUAGU